AUGCCCAUCCAGCACCCUCAGCCCUUGCCCCACGGGCACCUCCAGCCCCUUGAGCACCCUCAGCCCUUGCCCCACGGGCAACCCCAGUCCCUCGGACACCCCCAGCCCCUGCCCAUCGGGCACCUCCAGCCCCUUGAGCACCCCCAGCCCCUGCCCAUCCAGCACCCCCAGCCCCUUGAGCACCUUCAGCCCCUGUCCCAUGGGCAGCCCCUGCCCCUCGGACACCCCCAGCCCCUGCCCAUCCAGCACCUUCAGCCCCUGUCCCAUGGGCAGCCCCUGCCCAUCCAGCACCCCCAGCCCCUUGAGCACCCCCAGCCCCUGCCCCACGGGCAACCCCAGUCCCUCGGGCACCCCCAGCCCCUGCCCAUCCAGCACCCUCAGGCCUUGCCCCACGGGCACCUCCAGCCCCUUGAGCACCCUCAGCCACUGCCCCAUGGGCAGCCCCAGCCCCUCGGGCAUCCCCGGCCCCUGCCUCAGGGGCACCCCCAGCCCCAGCCGUGCCACCCGUCCACCAUCCCUGCCACGGGCAUCCCCGGCCUCCAGCAGCCAGCUCAGGGCACUCCCCCGACCCCCCAGCACCAGCUCUGCGGCUCGCCCUGGGGGGGCCCCUGCUGCUCCUCUGCAGACCCCCUGUCACCAGCCCCCGCGGCACCGCCCCGGCCGGAGCCCCGCGGCACCCGCAGCGAGCCUGGGCCCGGCUCCGCAGCACCGCAGGGACGCGGGGCACCGCUGGGGACGCAGCCGCCCGGGCGGGCACCGGAGCUGCCCCGGGGCUGCCUCAGCCCGCAGCAGUCAGAGACGCUGCGCCACGUCCAGGACCUCCUGCAGCUCGUGGUGGUGAGCAAGGGACCCCCCGCGGGGGACGAGGAGGCGCGGACGGCUCAGGGAGCGGGGCCCGGGGAGCGCGGGGCCCUGCAGUCCCAGCUGCAGUCCCUGGAGGGGGUGCUGGAGACCAGCCAACAGACCAUCCGAGUGCUGCUGGACGUCAUCCAGGACCUGGAGAGGAAGGAGGCGCAGCGGGACGGGCGACGCUCGUACCGGACCGGACAAGACAUCGCCAACUGCGGGACCUGCCGGGACUGCGCCUGCAUCAUCUACAGCGUGGAGCACGAUUUCCGGCAGCAGGAGGGCCGCUUCCAGCGGGUCCUGAGCCACAUGGACGUGGCCGUGGCCCCCGGCUCCCCGGAGCCUGCGGUGGGCGCUGCGGUGCCGCCGCACCAGGAGCCGUCACCGGGGCUGAGGCCGCCCCUGAAGCUGGACCCCAAGAAACACCGGCGGAAAUGCUUCUGGUUCCUGUGAGCGGGCACGGCCCAGCCCCAGCCCUGCCCUGGUCCCCUGCUCCGGCAGGGUUCGGUAGCACCAGCUUUUCUAUUUCUAACCCUUGGUUCAGAGCAAUGAAGCCCCUGUGGAGCCAGCCAGGUCUGUAAACUGGGUGCGUGACCUGGUGGGGCACCAGGGCGAGGGGCCGGGGCCGGUGUCUGAUGGGAACUCAAUAAACCCCAUGGGGACACUAUUUUUGUUACAUCCUCUCCACUGAGCGCUUCUGAUGGGGCUGAGGAUGAGGAUGGGGCUCAGGGCUCUUCCCCUGCAGCGCUCACCCAGCCCCAGGCUUGGGGCUCCCCAAGUGCCACCAACAGCCGCAGUGCUCCCGGUGCCCAUCCCUGUGCCCCAGAGCACCGAUU